AUGGCGAACACUUCGUCCACCAAUCCCAUCGACGAGGGUCUGCAGGACCUGGGCGUACCGGUUCCGGUCCAGACGUUCCUGUGGCAACAGAUCGCACCGUUCAUCCGGCCCAAGCUCGGCAAACUGCACGAGGCCAGCUGCAUGUUCUGUCAACACGCACCCGGACACCAUGAGCUGAAAGAAGCCUGCAAGUCGUUCGAGAAGGUGCUUGUCCAGAACAUCCAGUUCGGGCUGUCGCCUUCGCUUUCCUCGGCUCUGGAAUCCAUCCCAAGAUGGCGCAUCGUGCAGGCGGCCCUGCCCCACGUUAUACACUGUGCCGGAGCGUUGAUGCACAAUCGGGUCAAAGAUCUGCAAGCUCUCGGAUCAGCGGAAACCAAAAUCCUCUACACGCUACACUGGAUACUGUUGUUCGCGGCCGAAGAGUGUGCCGAUGCCGAAGCCGACAAGGACAAUGCCACCAACAACUACCUGUUUUCGAUUCCCACCAUAUCGCUGUUUGUGUUUCUGUUCGCCCCGAUCGCCCACAUGCUGAAGGAGUCGGACUUUCAAAACUUUCGCCUCGAAAAUGGGUUGAAAAUGUGGCAAGGAAUGUGGGAGUACCGUGCCCCGAAUGCGCCCUGCUUUACGGCCCCCGUCAAGCCGAAGGCUCGCAACUUGCUGAGCUCGGUCAGCACCACACCGUCACCGGAGGUUUUCUCGCCAAAGAAAAACGAAAACAUCGAAUCACCGCCCAGUAUGUCGUAUUCUGGAACCGUCAAGCACGACGAUGAGCUGUCGUUUGUGUCGUCGCCGAAGGAUUCCGUCUUUCCGGAAACCAUCCCCGAGGAAGCGUCCAGCGUCGAGGAGGAACGGGUCGUUAUCUUUCGGCUGCCGAUGGAUGGUGGAGCGCCGGACCCGUCGUACUAUACGGCCGAUGCGAGUUUGCUUCACCAUGGUGCCAAGUUCAAUAAGCAGCCCCACCAAACGGCCAGCAGCAGUGGCACCACCGGUCCAAAGCCACACCCUCUGCACGACGCCCGGCACGACCACCAUCGAGGCGAAGCGACGAGCUUUGACUUUGACAAGAUCGACACGUACAGUGUAAGUUUGGACUCAAAACCCAAGACUAGCUCCUCCACAGAACGGGAGUCUUUUGAUACGGACCCGAAGUUGUCACAGACCCACAAGUGUGAUGUGGUGGCGGCCACCUUCCUGGAUGUGGCAGUCCUGCGUUGCCUUUUCAUUUCGCACUGGCAAGAGGAAGGCGUUUACUGGAGCCUGCAUUAUCUGUACAAUAGGCUGCGCGAUAUAAGCGAAGAAACGUCAGUUCUUCCAUCGCACCCGAGAAGACGAUCGAAUUCGUUGCCAAUACCGCAGAUUGAGAUUUCGCUCUAUCAAGGGCCCACGAGCAGUCGCGAUAGCCCUAGUAUCGGGUCGGUCAACAAGGACUACAUUGAGAUACCGGAUCCACCGAUCAACGCCAUGCUAACCGACUCGCUGUGCUACACGGCGAAGGUUUCAUCCGAGGACAGUUCCCUUGGACCGAUGACCGAGCGUAAGGGCAGUGAGAAGAAGCGUCGCGUAAAAAUGGCUGAUCUGCGCACCCUCAUCGAAACACGCAUCUUAUCCAAAUCCGACCGGGGACUGGAAAAGAUUGGGCUGGAUGCGAACAGCAACGGAAAGCGGCUGCAGCAAAUGGAAUGUCACCGAAGUUUGGACACCGGCGAACGGCAACUGUCCCGCUCGGCGUCGAUGAUCUCACGGACACCAUCGACGAAUCUGGUUAAAGGCAAAAGUAUGCCAAGUUUAAGCUGUCUCAUUGAUGGCGGAUUGCAUCGUGCCAUCGAGCCAGCGCCGAAAAUCAUCCGGAACGUGCAAUCGAGCACUCAGUCGCGGCAAUCGAGCACCACUCCUAAGUACCCCAUCAUUACCGUCACCGAGCACACGCCGACACCAUCGCCGGACUUUAUGAAACGACAGGGUUCCAUCGACUCGCAGCUGGACGCGCUCAGUGCCGGGGGCAGCACCGGAAUCUUCAAGUCACAGAUGCUCCGUUCACACACCGAUUCCCACAUCGGGUACACGUGCGUGUCGGACGAAACGGAAGCGCCCGGGUCCUGUUUCUACAUCACCAAGGAGGGCACCAUCGACUACGAGGUCGUCCUGCUGGCCGUCCACUGUGUGUUCAAGCGGGACUCGAGCGUGUGUACGCUGCGCGUUCUCGAGGCGGGCCUAAACAUUUGCGAAAUCCUGAUGGACCUCGGUGUGCUGAAGCUGGGCGAUCAUGCCCACUCACUUACGGUCGGCAUUGUGAAGCGCGCCUUCAUGCACCUGGGCUGCCCGCAUGGGUGUAACGAUGCAAACCGCGGUCCACCAGCGGAAGUGCUCAGAACCACGUGCAACUCCGUGUUGUCGCGACUGCUGCGCCAGAACAGCAAGCUGCUGAAAAGCAAUCUGCGAUCGUUCAUCAAGGAAUCGUCCAUGCACGAGGUGACCGACUUCUUCCAUGCGUAUCUGGGCUUCUGUGUGGAUCCCAGCUCGCUGCUGUCCCCGCUAAACCAUAAGAGAUCAUCUGGCAUAAAAUCGUUGAACCCUGACUUUGGCGGUAUAUCAGGCGGCCAGGGCGGUUACGCGACCAACUUCGGGAGCGGUCUGACCGGCGGCACCGAGAGUCCGGUCAUCGCGGCCGUCUUCAAGACGCUGGCGACCCGGUUGGUGCGUUCGCUGAAGGAGCUCAAAUCGCAGGACAACCUGGCUCUGUACAGCGACGUGCGUCAACUGAUCACCUACGUCAAAGGUGCCCACGGUGGCCCGUUCCGGGUCGUGGCGCUCAGCGGCAUUCUGGCCGUGACGCCGCGGCCACACAAGCAGGCCCCGAACAUGCAGACCACGCGGGUUAUACGCCACCUGCCCACGAACGACAUUCAGCUGCUGCAGCAGGAUGAGAAGGCGCAGCGCAAGCUGUUGUUCAAGAAGAAGAGCACUUCUUCGACGUGCGUCAUCGUUCCUUUCCUGUUGCAGCUGUUAGAGACGGAGGGAUUCGAGGAACCGGGGUACCGGGCUAGUCAGAGCCCGCUGAGUAAUCCGCGACGUAAGGGGCCGCAAGUGCGGCCCACGCUAACCCCCCGGCACAGUGAGCGUGCCCUUCUGUCUGAUUCUACUUCCAGCUCCGAGCGCAACUCGGUCGGCCGGCUGACGGGCAUCGUGCGCUGGUUCCGUCGCUCCAAGGACCGCGAUUCCAUCGACCUCGAGUCGGGCAUCAUGGGCGCCAGCGGUAGCGAGUCGAUGACGAACUUCAUGCGCAAGGGAUCGCUCAACUUCCAGACGCGCUCGACCCGCGCCACCGAAGGCAUCGGUCGCUCGAUCCAGAAGGCAAAACGGCGUGUGGAGCGCCGCCUAAAUCGACUCGGUAUCGGCAAGGGCAAGAAGAAGACCGGAGGAACCGAGGAUACGGGUGGUGGAUAUUUCAGUCGCCGGAGCUCCCUGGACAUUAGCGAUGGACCACGCGAGUCUGAGGUGGUGGUGCUGAAGGAGCGCAGACUCAUUCCGACCCUGCCGGUGCGGGAAGGGAUGGCCAGGUUUGCUCUGCUGCUCGAGGUGUGCGCCCCCGGAUCGGUACCGGAUCCAGCGCUCGUGACAGCCCUCUUGGAUCUGCCUCAAGCCCCAAUAGUGGCCAGAGCAGCAUUUCUCAUCGAGUGUGCCCACUUCGUGCAUCUGUGCAACCGCGGACAGUGGCCAUCGUGGAUGAAGCAAAAUCUGCCCGUAUUCAGACCCUCCGGACCGGCGAUGGGUACCCGUUCGGCAAUGGCUGCCGGAACACGUCGGGCACACGUCCUCCAGCGGGUGGCAGGAAAAAUGUUCCAUCAGUGGGGCGAAGCGCUUGGUGCACGUCUGAAUGAGAUGAUCAAUAACGAGAAGCAAAACGCGGACCAGCUAGCCGCCAGUUUGUUGGAUGCGGAGAAACAGAAACAGUUGUUACAGCAGGACGAAGAGGAGGAUUUUUUGGAUGAAACAAGCGUCAAUCCGCACGGCAACGAUUGCCCACCGGCUCUCAAGCUGAUCGCUUGUGUGCUUUUGCUGGAAAUUACGGCGUUCUUGAGAGAAACUUACCAAACGUUGCCGAAGGCGUCGCGUUUGUCCACCAAAGAGAAGCACGCCCCGUGGGAUAAGGUGUCUCGGGGUGACACCAAUCGACGUUGGUCGAUGGCUCUCAGCUCGAUGGGCCAUUCGCAGACAUCGGCCCAAAGCCUGCAGUCAAUUGCCGGCCAAACGGAGCGCAAGAUCUCGUUCGUCCUGCAGGAACCGGAUAACGAGUCGGAAAAUAGUAGUAAUACGACCCUUACGAUCCAGGGAGAGGAAAAUGUUCAGCAAGGAAAGCGCACUCUGGCAUCUCGUAAUAUUUUGCUUCGCCGUGGUACCUCAACUACGCCCGCCGGUGGUUCCUUCAAGCGCCGGUCCUUGAAGCUUCGCAGAGGGGCCAAGGAUUUGAAGGAAGUGGAAAACGAAUAUCCGGUUCGUCGUACCGAUUCCAUUCAAUCGAAACGGAAGGUCUCUUCGCUGUCCGACAGAAGCGAUAACUCGGAACCGGGACAGAUCAGCGGCGGAGAAGAAUCUCCAGGCAUUUUGAGUGACGAUCAACCUCCGGAGUCUCCGUGCGAUUCCAAUGAUUCGGACGAGACGACGAAAAAUUUGCCGUGGCUGAAGGCGGUAUCAAAUUUUCUUGGGUCGUUCAACUACUACUGUGAUCAUCAGAAUUUUUGUCAUCCACACUGCUACCGCCGGCACAUGCGAGCGGCCGCCAAGCUAAUUCGUGCCAUUCGUAAGAUUCAUGGCGAUGAGUUUGGGGUUAGUGCUUCUAGCUACGCCCAACCGAAUGAGUCCGCGAAAGGAACAACGAGACGCGACCGCUCGAAGCAGGUCCGCAAAGUAUCUGAUCAAAGCUCGUCGCAAACUUCGCCAUCAAAGCGCAAAGACAGUGUCACGAAGCGAGAUCGCAUCGUACUGCAAGACGAAUCGGAACCGAACACUUCCCAGUACUCAACGUUUAUUCACGAGCCGAAGCAGCACCAGGAGGAUCCGCCGGUGUUGAAGUACAUCAAAAAUCAAGUACGCGAUGUGUUCCACUCGACGAUUGCAUCGCUCGUCAAGGGAGCGGCCGUCCUAACGGAGGAACAGUUUGUCGAGGUCAUCCCCAUUGCGUGGGAAUUACUGCUGGAAACCGAUCAGGAAGUGUCGGCGGCUUCCGCUGCGCUGUUCAUACUGGCCUCGGUGAAGGCACCGAACACGGCCACCGACAUUAUGCAGCGCUCGCUGAAGAACAAGUGCCCCAACACACGCAUCCAGGCGAUCCUGCGCUAUCAGGUGCUGUGGAAGAACCGCUUCCAAGUGUGGCCCCGGAUGGAGGAAGGAGCGCACCUCUCGUUCAAGGUGCCACCACCGGGCAUCGAGUUUACGCUGCCCUCGCCAAAGAUAGGCAUCGAGAGCCUCCCGGUCGUCGAUCCGCCCUGGAUGCCCAGACAACAGAACAAGGAUAUGGAAGUGACAUUGAACCAAGAGCGACACCGAUCGCUGGUGACUGCGACAAAAACGCGAAAGAAGCAGCAAACGGAAGCGAUCCGGCAUGCGAUGAUUCAGCAGGAGGACAAACAGCGCUCGGAACGGCAAAGUUUCCUCAUCACCACGAUCCCCGUCACGCAGCAGGCGGCACACGAGCCCGGGCUUGAUCAUGGACCUGCCGAGGAUCACGUGGAGGAGGAGGAAGAUGGCACCCGGUCGGCGAUACACAUGCACGCGGCCCACUCGCUGUUCCCGUCUUGCCUCUGCUCGUCCGUAAUGCAGAUCGUGGCAUGCUUGGAUGACGCGGCUGUCAACUCGGACGGCUGCGCGGUCUACGAGGUGGCCUACCAAGUGAUCUGGAUCUGUCUCGUCGAAGAUUCGGCCCUGUUUCUACGGUACGUGCUGGAGCGCCUGACGCGCGAUCAUCAGGAUCAGAUGUUCAAGCUGUUGCGCCACCUGAUACGGUUUGUGCCGAGGUUGCCGCAGCAGGCGGCUUUCGCCCUGUACAACUACAUCAUUGGCUACGUCAUGUUCUACGUACGAUCGACCCACGAAUGCAGCCAGCAGCUCGUCGGUUCCGCACUGUCGGUCCUGUGGAUGGUGGUCCACAGUGUCCACGGCAUCAUGUUCAAGGACUUGAAACAGAUUCUGCGCAAAGAACAGUGCGAUGCUUCGAUACUGCUGACGGCGAACGUUCCCUCGGCCAAGAAGAUCAUCGUGCACGGUCCGGAAGACGAGGGUGGCAUACCGUCUCAGUUCCCGGUGCAGGAGGAUACGCAGUUUUCGCAGCUUCUUAACGAGUCGUUGGACUUUUUCGGGAUCGACGAGAAGAAGCAUGCCCAGCACGUCCUCGUCGACUACAAGAGCCACCAGAUCCUGAACCCGAACUGGUACGUGCGCGAUCUGUACUUUUUCAAGCGCUCGCAGUACCCGCAGCUCCGGCUGGUCGAGAUGAAGACGGAGGACUCGUUCAAUGCGCUGCAGCGCCAGGAACUGUGCAAAAAGUUUGUCGAAAUCGGAAAGGUCCACCUGACGUGGGCCAUUCUGAAAAACGUUGACAUGGUGGUGCAGCGGGUCGUGUUUCUGCACGAGGAGCUGAUGAAGCUGCCCUCCUUCCCGCGGAAGGCGCUCGAGGUGGACCUGGACCUGCACCAGGGCGGCGAACUGGGCAAGGAGCUGCUGGGGCUCGACGUUCUCCACAAGUUCAUGUGGGUCCGGCUGAUAGCGCGCAUGUUCGAGGCGAUGGCCGGCAACUUUGCCUACUCGGCUGACAUCCAGUUGUUUCUCAACGUGCUGUCCGGGGCCGCCCUGCUACACUCGGAGGACGCGUGCAUCAUGCGUUACGUCACGGCUACGUUCAUCAACGCGGCGUCCAACUUUAAGAACAUUUUCUCCACCAACGGCUACUUCAUGAUCAUGCCGGCCAUGCUGCAGGUGUACUCGCUGCACCAGACGAACAAACUCGUCACGACCACGAUCGAGUACGCGGUGAAGCAGUUUUAUCUGCUCAACCGGAAGCCCUUCAUUCUGCAGAUGUUCGGCUCCGUGUCGGCCAUCCUGGACACGGACGAGAGCGGAACGUACGGCGAGGCGCACAAGGUACAGUCUAGCUGUCUCUUCAAUCUGCUGCUUAGCCUCGAGACACCGUCCCCGGAUCCGCUCAACAUCGCGGAACUGGUGAAGGAACCGAAGCCACUGAAGGCCAUCGAUUUCUGUUACCACGACGAGGACGAAAUGGUCACCGUGCUGGACUGCAUCACGCUCUGCGUGAUGGUUGUGUCGUACUCGGCCGAGAGCACCCGUGGCUACCAGAUGCUGAUUAUUUUGGAAGCCAUUCUCCCGUGCUACAUGCAGCAGAUACAGUCCUCGUCGUACAUUCCGCUCGAGGGCAAAUGCGAGCGAGACAUCAUCCUACAGCUGGCCGUCACUAUCCGCACGAUGGUCCACAACUGCGAGGGACUGUCAAAGAGCUACAACGGACCGUUCCGGAACAGCCCUGAGCACAAGGGAUCCAGCCAGCGGAAUUGCUCCCGCGGGCCGCCGUGUUCGCCGGGGCUGGACUACGACGACGAGUCACACGCCAAGUACGUGAGCGAUAUCGGACGCUCGAAGAUACUGAACGAUUCGGUGGACGAUUCCGAAACGAUUCGCGAGUAUCGCCGCCCACGAGACGUGCUGCUGUCGGUGGUCGGUGACUUCAUCAUCUCGGCUUCGACGCGCCUAGCCGAGCUGGCCCGCAAGCAGGGCGAACCGAAGCCGACCGAGCUGCUGGACGUCAAGUGUCACGUGCGGUUGGCCGAAAUCGCCCACUCGCUGCUGAAGGUGUCCCCGUACGACCGGGAAUCGAUGGCCUGCCGCGGGCUGCAGCGGUACAUGCAGUGUAUCUUCCCGCGCGCCGAAUGGGCCGACGAUCACGGCAUGAAGCCCACGCUCGUCACGAUCCUGCGCCGGCUGGACAAGGUGUUUCUGAAGAUAUCGAAGAAGUCGUCCGUGCGGCGCAACACCAACUGGGAGGCGGCCGCCGGUUUGCUGAAGGGCGUCUCCGAGGCCAUCAUCCGCUACCCGCACAUACUGCACUGGCGCGAGAUGAAGGCCCUGCUGACGAACGUGCAAAACCUGAUCGUCAACGAGCCGGGAAAUUUCCCGGAAGGGGUGUCCGGUGCCGGGGCUGCCCUCAUGUCCAAGAGUCCGCCCGCCUUCUUCUGCUCGAACGUGGUACGCCUGGUGGCGCUGCAGGUCGUGAGUCCGGUCGACUCGCUGUCGCACGGCCUGGAGCAGAUCUGUGGUGGGAGUGCCGACUUCCCGACGCAGGAGAAAGCUGAAGGCUUCCUGAUGCACCUGCUGAUGCCGCUGUGCCUGAAGGUGUGCAGCGGUCGCGGCAUCUCGGACGUCGGUGAACUGAAGCAGUCCGACAUCUCGUUCCUGGUGACGGCCGUCCUGAACGCGAUGAGUCCGGUCGCCGGCCGGACGGCACAGUCCGGCAUCCAGGCGAACCGGACCGGCGCCGAUCUGCGCGCCGGAUCGCUCACGUUCACCGGCAGCCGAGAUGCGAAGCGACCGGCCAAGAUAUCGAGUGCUUUAUAUCAGGCCACCUUCCUGGCGCUGCGGGUGCUGUGCAUUUGCUUCGAGACGCGCCUCUCGCACGAAUGGCCUCGCAUUGCGCGGGUUAUGCGCGAUCUCGGUAGGCGCAACGAAGCCGCACCGGAACUGUGGAGCUUCCUGGAGUUUGUCGUCACCCAGCGCACACCGCUCUACAUCGUGCUGAUGCCAUUUAUUCUGCACAAGAUUUCGCAACCACCGAUCGGUGAUCACGAGAGACACAUGCAGUUCCUGAUCCGCGAGCGUAUGCGUGGAACGCAACCAUCCGGAGGCACCAAAUCGCGCGGUGCCAUCCUGCUCGAGUUGUCGCGCGAAUUGCGCGAACUACGGGAAGAGCUCGAAAGCAGACGCUACGAUCGUGACAUGUCGACGGAGACAUCGAAACGGGACAUGCCGAAUGUGCCGGCGGCCCCGGAACAACCGGUACGCCACCAGCAGCGCCCGUCUCUGAUCUCGAUGCUGACCGGGGUUCCACCGCCCACCAGUCUCCUGUCGGCGCUGCAGCAGGACGCACGCAGCGGAACGGGUAUCUGCACGUCCAGCGACACCCUGUCCCAGCAGACGCUGCAGGCACCGAAAGGCGAAUCACUGUCCAGUUCCACCACAACGACUACCAACAACAGGGACGCCGGGCUGCUCGCCGACUCCCAGAGUGCCGAUCUGACGCUCACGUCCUGCACACUGGCCGAGGCCGGUUCGGUCGACCUACAGGCGACGCCGGGCAGUCAGGGGGUGCCUGUCAUCGGUGGUGGCAAUAUCCCGCACCUGUCCCACUCCGUCUCGCUCCAGGCGUCGGCCGCCAAAACGCAGCCCCCACGGUUGCGGUUCGUGUCGUCGGUCGAGUUUAAAACCUCGUCCGGUGAAACCUCCACUACACCCCUCUCGCCCGACAGUCUGGCCGACGACAGUUCCGGCGAGAAUCACAACAAACACCGCUUGCAGCGGUCGCGUGCCCAGAGCCGCAAAACGUUCCGCAACCGACGCGGUAUGCGGUCGAACAAUUUCAUCUCGGCGGUGGCUGGUGGACCCAGCGUGAGUGUGAUCGGUUCCGGUGUGGUUGGUUCCGUCGCUGUGCCACCAACGGUGAACGAGCCGCCACCGUUCGAACCCAUCAACCGUGCCAUCGCCACACUGGGAGACCUGAGCUGGGACUCGGUGUCGCAGACUUCGUCCACCUCGGGCUACCGGGACAACUACAGUCUGCAGACGGGGCUGCUCUCGCCGGAUGGCUCCCUCUCGGGGAACGCCCUCGGGGGACGCUCGUCUUCGCAGCACUCGCUGCUGAUGCUGUUCGAGACGCAGGAUGAGGACACGCUCAUCUAAUGCGCCAGCCCUUUCGUCUACUAA